AUGUCUCAUCGAUAUUUUCAACGUUAUCCUUCACUUAUCUUAAUCUCGGAUGAUGAAGAUGAUGAUAAUCAUCGUAAAAAUUUUAUGGAUACACAAUUUUCAACACCCAUGUCUAUUGAAACAAAUAAAACAAAUGAUCUUCAAUUAAUGUUACCACUCUCAACACCUCCACGUUCAACUCUUCGAAAAGAUACAACAAUGGCAACAAGCGAAAGAAAAGAAACUGAAUUAAUUGAUUUCAUUACACCAGAUAAAUCAAUUAAUAAUAUUUAUCAAUCAAAUUAUAAGCCACGUACAUUACAUUUUCACAAUCAACAACGCCUAUCUAUUUUACCAACAUAUCCUAUCAUGGAUAUGAAUUAUAGUUCUAAUUUAUUAUUGCUAAAUAUAUCACCAACUCAAUUAUCACAACAAGAAUUAUUACGUCGUCAAACGGGUACAUAUAAACCAUUAUUUUCAAUAACAAAUUCUAAUACAUCAACAAUAUCAUUUAUGGUUAAACAAUAUAACACUUAUUUUGUACCAACACUUGAUCAUUUGAAAGUUGAUCUUUCAAUUUUAGAUCAUAAUUAUACACGUUUAUUACAUGUUAUUGAAUUAUCGCGUUUAGCACGAUUUCGUACAAUUGGUUCAAAUAAACAAUCCUAUGAAAUAGAAUUAAAUUUAAAAGAAAAUGAAUAA